AUGCCACAAGUGAAAGUUGCAGAGACGGAUGAGGCGAUGCGCUGCUUCGCUGAGAAGGUCUUUGCCUCUGAGGUGAAGGACGAGGACAGCAGGCACGAGGUCUCACCUUUUGAUGUGGAAGAAAUCUGCCCCAUCUUGCACCAUGAAAUGAGGGAGCACAUGAUCCACCAGGAGACCACAGCCACGGCUGACAAGCGGAAGAAGCGGAUUUCCCUGAAGACAAUUGCACUUGCUCUGCCCAUUGCUGAAACUUCUGCAACCAAACUAUCCACCAUUGAGGAGUUCAUCGCUGCCUCGCCACUGUACCAGUCUGUGCCUGACUUCCAGCGUGUGCAGAUCACAGGGGACUAUGCCUCAGGGGUCACAAUUGAGGAUUUUGAAGUCGUCUGCAGAGGCCUCUACCGGGCUUUGUGCAUCCGGGAGAAAUACAUGCAGAAAUCGUUUCAGAGGUUCCCCAAGACCCCGUCCCAGUAUCUGCGCAACAUGGAAGGCGAGGUUUGGCAAGCCGAGGAUGGGCAUGCCCCAGUGUUCACCCCCCUUGUGAAGGAGGGUGAGGACCCUUUCCGGUCGGACAAUCUGCCCGAGGACUUGGGCUACUGCGUCUGCAUGCAGGGCGGUGUGGUCUACGUCUAUGCUGACGCAGCGGCUGCCAGACGAGGGAAGCCCAAGGACCUGCCCUACCCCAACCUCGAGGACUUCCUCGAUGACAUGAACUUCCUCCUCGCCCUGAUUGCACAGGGACCCAUGAAAACCUACGCUCAUCGGCGCCUGAAGUUCCUCUCCUCCAAGUUCAAUGUGCACGAGAUGCUGAAUGAGAUGGAGGAGCUGAAGGAGCUGAAGAACAACCCUCAUCGGGAUUUUUACAACUGCAGGAAGGUGGACACCCACAUUCAUGCUGCGGCCUGCAUGAACCAGAAGCACCUGCUGCGCUUCAUCAAGAAGUCGUACCGUGUGGACGCGGAGAGGGUCGUGUAUGACGCCAAGGGCAAGAAACUCACCCUGAAGCAGCUCUUCCAGCAGCUCAACAUGCACCCCUAUGGCCUGACGGUGGAUUCUCUGGAUGUUCACGCUGGGCGCCAGACCUUCCAGCGCUUUGACAAGUUUAAUGACAAGUACAACCCGGUGGGAGCCAGUGAGCUGCGUGACCUCUACCUGAAGACAGAAAACACCAUUGAUGGCGAGUACUUUGCCACCAUCAUCAAGGAAGUUGGCUCUGACUUGGAGGAUGCCAGGUACCAGCACGCGGAACCCCGCCUGUCCAUCUAUGGGCGCUCGCCAGAGGAGUGGCCCAAGCUGGCCAGCUGGUUCAACAGGCACAGGGUCUACUCCCCCAACAUGAAGUGGAUGAUCCAAGUGCCCAGGAUUUACGACGUGUUCCGGGCCAAGAACUUCCUCCCCCACUUUGGGAAGAUGCUGGAGAAUAUUUUUGUGCCUGUGUUUGAAGCGACAGUCAGUCCUCAGGCCAACAAGGAGCUGAGCGUAUUCCUGCGACACAUCACCGGCUUCGAUAGCGUGGACGACGAGUCCAAGCACAGUGGGCACAUGUUUUCCACCAAGAGCCCCAAGCCGGACAAGUGGAGCCAUGAGAAGAACCCGUCGUAUACCUACUACCUGUACUACAUGUACGCCAACAUCAUGGUGCUCAACAACCUCCGCAGGGAACGCGGCAUGAACACCUUCCUGUUCCGACCCCACUGCGGGGAAGCCGGGGCCAUCACCCACCUGCUCGCAGCCUUCAUGACAGCAGAUAAUAUCUCCCAUGGCCUGAACCUAAAGAAGAGUCCUGUGCUGCAGUACCUGUACUUUCUUGCCCAAAUCCCCAUUGCUAUGUCCCCGCUCAGCAACAACAGCCUCUUCCUUGAAUACGCCAAAAACCCGCUGCUGGACUUCCACCAGAAAGGCCUGAUGGUCUCUCUCUCCACGGACGACCCCAUGCAGUUCCACUACACCAAGGAGCCCCUGAUGGAGGAAUACGCCAUUGCUGCCCAAGUCUUCAAACUCAGCACCUGUGACAUGUGUGAGAUUGCCAGGAACAGUGUCUUGCAAUGUGGUCUGUCCCAUGAGGAGAAGACCAAGUUCCUGGGGGAGAAUUACCGUGAGGAGGGGCCCCAAGGCAACAACAUCUGGAAGACAAAUGUAGCUCAGAUCCGCAUGGCCUAUCGCUAUGAAACCUGGUGCUAUGAACUCAACCUCAUCGCAGAGGGGCUGAAAAUCAUGGAGUAG